UCAUCAAUGAAAGGCACACGCGUGUCAGUAUGCGAGCGUCACGACUUACCCGUGUAACAAGGCAUGAACGCUCAUGUCUGAAGGCGCGGGUGCUUCUCCCAAAUAGAUUUGAUGGAGAACUAAAAUACAUUUCAAAGCGUGUUUUACCUGAUUGACGGAAUGAAGGACGCUGUAAAAGGUCUUUUGCAGGUCUGUGAGGGGCGUUUAGCUAAUUAACAGGCAUGCCAGUCCGAUGCUGUUUUCAUGCGACGGUCGUCUGUCUCUGCGAAAGCACACGGAGAAAAGCGAGUCGCCCGUCUCUCCUUGAAGUACGAGUCUUUCGUCCAUGUUGUAUAACCUGUGUUUUCGUUGCCCUUGCCGUACUCUCACCCACUUUAUUUCGGUUCACAGUAGAUCAUUUCUUGUCCGGUACUACAACUAAAUUGUUCCAGGUGAGCCGUCCGCGAAGACGCAACCUUGUGGUGUUUCCAUAUCUAGCAAGGUCUGUUUCAGUCUAAACAGUGUAGAAGGAAAGACUUGGGGCACGCUGCGUGGGGGCCUGCUUUGAGCUCUGAAUAGAGGCCAGCAGGUCUUCGUCGGGCGUCCCUUCUGUCUCCCCAGUACACAAGCUCGUUGGUGACUCGUCGAAUCCCCCUGCAUCCUUCUUGCUUCGAGACUGUAAAGAAUUCCACAGGAACCCGAAGAAGUCACUAAAAAUGUGGGGCAACUCACGUAUCGCGAAGUCCCCUUCUAUCGUCUCUCGCCCACGACAGGCCCGAAGUGAUCAUCAAAAGCUUGAGGUUGGGUGGUGUGCACUUCUAGGCGGUAGAGGGUGUGCUUUCCUGUCAAUGAUUUCUUGUCUUCUCGUGCUUUGCAUUGCCUGGCUCAACUGCGUUCCCCUUCCUCUUCAAGCAUCUGCUGCCUCUUCGCCUACCUCACCCGGUACUGCUGUCACCCCGUCCCUGACGGAAGACUAUAAGGACAUGAGAAGCGAUGUUCUGGCAACGGAAGCCAGCAUUUCCAAGGACGAGUCGAAAGCAAAGGUGCAGCUUAAUGAAUCGAGACUCCCUCCAUCUGGCACAGCACCUACCCCUGCUUCCUUCGAAAACGAAAGGAGACACGCUGGUCAAGACGGUUUCUUUCAAAAUGGAGCGUAUGCUCCUAUUCAAGAAAACCUGCUGGUUGCUGCAUAUGCGACAAAAGAGACAGGCUCGGCUCAUCACGGUAACGUGAGUCUCGGCACUGCAACGGAACAACCGCUCUCCACACGAGUGGAAAGGAGGGAGAAGAAAGACGGUGAUUCGUUUGCAAAAGUUGAUCCUACCCACAAUGACAACUUAUUCAAGGAUUCUCAAGGCGAUAAUGGAAAUCCGCUCAUCGUAGUGGAUAAGGAAUUCGUGUGUAAGUACCCCCAAGGCGGGUGCGACGAAUCACCGUCGGACUAUUGGUACAUGACAAGCGGAGCUCUGUCCGCUUGUCGACAAGUUGUCCCUUUAGGCCGAUACCGGUGGCUGCUUGUCCUAGAUUUGGGGUGCGCCAAGCGUCAGUUACCGCAUCUUCGGAUUCCCCCAGCCGCAGCCCGCCGCUCGGCUUUCAAAAUGGGCGACUACGGACAUGGUGUAAAAAGGACUGAGGCAGCACAAGACGGUCCGGGUGACAGAAAGACGAAACGAGAUGACGACGAGGAACAAAAGCAUCCCUGGCUCGCGCCACAGUUCUCCCUUUUCCCAGAAACGGACUGCAACCACAAUGGGCUGAUUGAUGUUCGAUGCGCAGUCGACUGUGGCUGGCAGCCGCGCAGGGAAGCAACACAUGCUCCUGACGACGAAGGUCGAGACAGCCAACGCGCGGACCAGGCAUCUGCAGACGCCACGAGCACUCCACCGCGAAAGACACUGAGAUGUCUCUUUCAGUACGACAAAGAUGGCUUGUGGGGUAUGCGGCAGGAGCACGUGCAAUCGUGCUUUGUCAUUGAUGGGGGCUGCAAGUCGCCCUUUGAGGAACAUCAUCGAAUCUUUUGUACGGGAUGGCGUGGACAGGGUGCCGGCUUUGACCCCCGAGAUCCUCCACUCCCCCUAAGCAAUGAAUCCGUUGGCCUUUGCAUGGAAGAAGACUGUCGUUACUGCGACGCCUUCCUUCACCCUCAGACAGGCCUGGUGACUCGAGGGUGUCCAAACGCAUCGUGGAAGGAAGAAGGCGGGGCAUAUGGUCCGGCGUGUUACGGGCGAAUUGCUACAGCCUCCCCUUCUCGGGAUGCGGCAAGGCAGGGCGGUGGGGAAGAUAGGAGAAAGCCAGCACAGGCGAAACCUGCGACCAGUGAAUUCCAAGACGUGCCUGCCCAGCUGGCUGAUGUAGCUGUUGUGGGAACAAAGGUAGAAAAACGAAAGGCAACUGGGGGAAGCCAACGGCCUGGAAGUGUAGGAGACAGCGGGACAGACGAGAAGCUGAGCGUGACUGUACCGCAGAAAAACAGAGAAGGAAGAAGCGGCUCUGGAGAAGGCGGAUCAACGGAGGUCUUGACGCUCUCCGCUGUCUCGGAUACAGAGGCGGGAGAGAAGGAACGAGAGGAAGAAUCAAUCGGUGGCUCCGACCCUCUGCAAAGAUUGCGAGCAAGGUCACUACAGGGUGUCCCUAGUUUGGGCAACGCCGCGGGGAGUGCAGCUGAAGAGCCGACAGCGAAGGCCGCAGCGGCAACAAGUGAAGGGAUUUGUUUUUCCUACAGUGACUCGGCUCUACCCCAACUCAGCAUUUAUUCGGCCGAUGAGGACUGCUACGGAGAAUGGAGCGAAUGGUCGUCGUGCUUGCCCUUUCACCCAGUUCUUCAGUUGAACCACAGACAACGGCAAAGGCGUGACGAUUCAGCGACCGAGAGUUCCACAGGAAACAAAAGCGCGCCGUCGAGCGAAAUGGCGUCUAUGCAGCACCCGCAUCCAGAUGCACCCAUAGACCGAAACGAACACUUUCCUCAUGCAUCUCAAGCAUCGGUUGGCUCCUUUUCUGUAUAUCCACCAUCGGUAACAGACGACACAAGCGUCCCGAAUUUCUCUAAUUUCUCAGUUUCGGAUGCGCCUUCCCAGAUGUCCUCCCCUAUGAGACGACUGAGUUCGGCGUCUCCUUCGUCAGAACCUUCCUCCUUUUCGAGUGCCGUGAUGGUGGCUUCAGAGACUCGAAGACCAGAGAAUGUCUCUUCGUCUUCUCUGCAUCGUCAUGGCGAUCCCGUAGCGAUGUCGUCACUCCCAGGUGUGCCAGUUCCCCGAGCAGUUGACAAAUGGGAAGUGCCUUCGUAUGUGGAUGGAUCGCCCGCAGCGAGUUGCUACAAGACCCGCAUUUUUCAAGUGUUUAUUCAGAAGCACGGUCGUGGCAGAGAAUGCAUCGAAAGGGAGGGGAGCGUCCACUACGUUGGAUGUGAAGAGAGCGAAGGGUGUAUAGACGCGCUCAGUGCAGCAGGAAGUCAAUUCCAGUCAUUCCUCAAUUCCAUUCUGCACAAAACAGAGACGAGCUCCGCCAACCAGCAGACACAGCAAGGCUACGGGGGAAACACUUCGAAGAGGAAAGAAGUUUCAGAAGAGGACACAACGGAGGCGAGUGUUGCAAGCGACGACGCCUUCUUCGCCUUCUGGCAAGCUCAGGAGAAACGUGGGCACGGGAACAAUACGUCGAGAAAAGACGCUGGAGAGCCGCAAGGGAAUUCACACCAAAAUGGGCAACACACGACACCCCCUUACUCGUCUCUGACUGACGAGGAAGAAGAAGCAGGAAGGCUCUUCACGCCAGGUGUUUGUCCAGGGCGAUGGAGCUCCUGGAGCUCCUGUGAAUCAGAUUGCUAUGCAAGAAGAUUCUUCACUCUGACUUCCUCCGUCGUUCCUUCUCAGUGUUUUAGAGCGGCGGCCGCUAUGGAACUUACGCAGUGCAACAGUAACCCCCCUCUCUGCGGCCGGGGGUUUUUCCAGACGGGUGACGCACUCAGCGCGUCGUCUAGCGACAAAGAAACGACCCGAAAGACGUCGCAGCCUACUGCAGACGAUGAAUUGGAAACCGGGGAGGCAGGGACGGACGGAAGAUACGGAAGUGCAUCACACCACUCCGAAGAAGACCGAGGGGAAAAGGACUCCGCUGUGCGCUGGUUGCAAGUCCGUGUUCGACCUGACGGAACCGCGGAAGCUUUUGACCAAGAUGGUAGUCGGGCGCCUUUACUGAUGGUGUCCCCUGACUACAAGGGACGCUGUGGGAUCGCAGUUGGGAACUGGAGUUCCUGCGACGGACUCUGUCGACGGUUCCGGGUCUUGUCUGUGCGUCGUCUACAGAAGCACGAACGAGGAGACGAGGAUGACGCGUGUCCCAUGCAAACGCCGCUGACGCGGGAGCGCGAACUGUGUGAAGAGCCAACUGACUACUCUCCAAUGUCAUCGUAUUUACUUCCUCAUCUACAAACAAUACAGAGAAAUUCAUCUGUGCAGAGCAGUCCCAGUGAACCACGAGACACCUCAAAGCUGCGGAGCUGCGUCGACCCUCUGGUAGUGGUGGCGGACCUGAAUGUGUCUGUCCUUUUCAACGCUCCCAGUGAUAGCGCCUCCGACGGCCUUUUUGGGAACGGCGAUGCCUCUGAAGCCGCGUCGGCUCGCAGUGCGAAAAAACCAAGAAGAACGGGAAGCCUGGACGACGCCGUGUUUCAUCUUAGCCUCGUUCGUACAAUAGCCCGGUUUCUAGACCUCCGGCCGUCGGACCUUAUCAUUGAGCAGUUGAAUCCAGACUACGAACAGCAAUUUGCAACGAGUGUUCCUUCCUCAAAAGCAACGCACGGGAGUGCAGAGAAGCAUGCAAGCUUUUCACCGCGUUCAGGCCCUCAAGAGUCACCAGAGUCUGCAGGCUGGAAUGCCACCAAAGGUACUGUCAUGCAAGCGCACCAGAAAGACGUUCACGGAAAGCAAACCCGAGGUGCAGCGGGUGAGGUCAUUCAUGCUCCCGAAGCUGGCAUGUUAACGAGAGGACUUCCGGAAGACAUUCGAGGCUCAGCAGAGGAAACCGACAGAAAAAAAUUGUCAGCAGCAAGGGAAGAGCCAGUAGAGAGCUCAUCAACGAGAAGGCUGAACGGGUCAGAAAAUGAAGAAGUCACGAACUCUCUCGCUUACCGCAGGCAGCUUGGUGAUUUAGAACAGGUGGCGGAAUCUGCCUUCCAAGGAGCAGAUGGCGGAGGUGAGAAGGCAGAAGUUGUGCGUGGUAAGGAACAGAGUCUUCUCUUUCGACUGAAAAUCCUGAUGCCGGCAUUCUCACAGGCUUUGCAGGCUGCGGGACUAACGGAGAAGGACCUGAAAAAGAGAAACACAGAGACUGCACUCUUGUCUGGAGGCGAUGAUUCUAGACUAGGAGACACGGAAGAAGCAGCCAACAGAAAGAAAAGAAGAGCUGCUGACAUCAUGGACGACAUAGAGGCAUUUCAGGGAAGAGUGUUCUGGCUUCCUGGUCCGCAGGAAACUCGCGUAGAGAUCGUGCGCGUUAUUGACAGAACAAGCAGUUCUCGAAAGGGAUUUGGUGAUCCGUCCCUGCCAGUCGGGUCCCUGAAUGGCUUGCUCGCCUCUCUGGGAGUCCUCGGGGUCGACGGCAUUCGGCCGGGUCUGGAUUCAGAGGAAGUUCCUCAGAUGGUGCCCGUGUUCUACAUUGACGCCUUGUUUGACCCAAGUCCGCUAGUGCUCUACAUUGUGAUUUUCUGUAUGGCAGUCGGCGCAAUGCUGCUCUUCAUGGCUAUCUGUGCUUGUGUGCUCGAUCGGUGGAGAAAGCAACGACGCGCUGACCACGAUGCUCACGUGGAGCUGUCGCAACGACACGGGGCUUCCCAACCUCCAAACAAAUUUGAUCAGGCGCCGCCUUUCGCACGGGGCCUGCCUCUCUGGCCUCAGCCGUCUUUGGAAGGCCAGAACACAGAGUUUUCAACGCGUUCUUUUUCGAGGGCGGAUGGGAGAUAUAACGCAAGCGAAGGGUUUGUAUCGAACCCCAAGUACAGUUUGCCUAGCAAGGGGGGGGAGCGGCUGCAGGAGGUGACUGUGUCGGGGAUUCCCGACGCGUACCUCUCUGCAGGUCUGGAACCAACAUUGAUGGGGAAACCUACGUUCCAGAGUGCAGAACAAAGCGGCAAACAAUCUGUAGGAAAAGCCUUUGUGUUUAAUGUCAGUAAAGGAAAUAGUUCGUGUCCUCGGGAAAACGACUCAGCCCGCGCCCCUGGUACCAUCCGAGUGCAAGAGCCGAUGGCGCAGAGCAGAAGAUCGGGAGAUACGCAAAGAACUUCAGGAAAUGUGGCUGGAAGACCCUCGGACCAGAACACAGGCCAAGACCAGCAACAAAACACUUCACGAAUUUCUUUCCUCAAACGGUUAAGAAACCUGGGAGGAGGAUCGAGCAGGGAAGGAUCUUACCACAGAUUUGCCGCCGCAUUGCAAGAAAGAGGACAAAGCGAGAGUCAGGAAGGAGCUAACGGAAAGUCUCACAGUCCGGAGGUGAAACCGUAAUCUUCGAACAGAUAAGAAAAAAUGAAACUUGCUCCACAAAUUCCUGGAUAGUGGCAUCAACAGGCACUUAGACUCGAAACCGUAGGUGGAGAGUGAAGUGAGGAACUCCUAUUCACGUGGAACUGAUUGCAUCGACGAGCUGGACAACUGACUUAGAUCUUGAAGGUCUUUGUUUUCCAGAUCCGAGAUAUAUUGUGCUUUUCGUGACCAUCAUGCUACGUGUGGUGUCGGAGCAUUUGUGGACUGGCAUUUUUGAACGACCCCUGCAUGUAUCCUUGUGAAAGUCAUAUUCUGCAUGAACAGAGAGGCGCAUUCCAUUAGAAGGGGUGAAAGGUUUUGUCAUGGAACAUAUACUUGCUUAUAGGUACAGAUAUGUGCGUGCAGCCGCCAUCAUGUCCACAGAGGGCUUCACGGGCAGCCGGAUUCCAACUAAACGCUGUGGACAUUUGUCGUGGCAGAAGCGUAUUCUUGCUAGACAUCCACUGGUUCGAACUACUUGAGUGUUUGCAUGCAUGUGCGUGUGUGCUUUAUCUAUUGGUGUGCAUCUAUUUCGAUGUUGACGGAAAAGUGGACUGUGUGAAACUGGCACUCCGAAACUGAAAUGGUGUUCUUGUUGUC